CUCAGCAGGAAGGCCAAGUCUGGAUCGGCUCACGGCAGCCAGGGGGGAUAAAGAGGGGAGAGAAGAACAGAAGAGAAGGCAGGAGGAUCAGAAAAUACUGACAGCAGAGCAAAGAGAGGGACAGGCAUUAAAGAAAACACAGGCGUGCACGGUGAGAGAGAGAGAGAGAGAGGCAGGGGAGAGGAGAGUGAAAUUCGAGCAAGAGCACCAAACGUUGUGCGGAAUUUUCUGCCCGGAGGACCGACAACCAUGGCUGCCCGAGCUGCGAAGGGCCGUGCGCAGCGGCUGAGCAAGGAUCUGACCUGCUCCAUCUGCCUGGACCUUUUCAAGAAGCCGGUGUCCCUUCCCUGUGACCACACCUUCUGCAAAGCGUGCAUAGCUGGCUUUUGGUCCAGACCUCCACGUCUGGGCCAGGACCAGGCUCAGGACCAGGGCCAGAAUCCUAACUCCAACCAGUGCGGGGUCACCGUGGCCUCCUGUCCUCAGUGCCGGGAGGUCUUUCCCAGCCAGAGCUGCCGGCCCAACCGUAUUGUGGCCAGCAUCGUGGAGAGCUACUGCCAGGGUCUGGAAGAGGGGGAGAGUCUUGGUGUGGGACGGGCGGCUGCAGAAGCUAUGCCGCAGUGCGCCCGGCACCAGGAAGACCUCAAGCUCUUCUGCGAAGAUGACCAGGAGCUGGUGUGCCUAGUAUGCGGUGUCUCCCAGGAACAUAAGAGCCAUACACUGGUCUGCAUCCAGGAAGCACAGCAGAGAUGCAAGACUACUCUGAGCAACUCCAUCUCCGCCCUGCGUACCGAGUUGAGCACUGCCUUGGAAUGUGAGAGGGAGAUUGAGGAGGAGGUGAAGAAGCUAAAGGAGCACACCGCAGACCUGAAGCAACGCAUCGAGGCCCAGUUCAGCGACCUACACCAGUUCCUCUACCAGGAGGAGAAGAUGCUCCAGGUGAAGCUGAAGACGGAGGAGCGGCGUGAGCUGAUCCGCCUGGAUGAGCACCGCGCUGUGCUCAAUGUGGAGAUCUCCCAACUCCGGAGAACCCUGGCUGAGAUUGAGGACAGGCUCAAGGAGCGAGACCCGUACCAGCUGCUCAAGAAUGCCAAGGCCUUUCUACAAAGUAGGCAACCUGUGAAGUUCGAGAGGCCUCCGCUUACGCCUCCGAAUCUGUGUGAGGGGCGCUUUGCGGGACCGCUGCAGUACCGCGUCUGGAAGUCACUGAAGGGAAUCCUGUACCCAGCUCCGGCAGCCAUCACCUUCAACUCCAGCACCGCUAACCCCUGGCUGAGCCUCUCGCCCUCCCUCACAUGUGUCCGCUACCAGACGUUCCACGCCGGCAUGCAUGACAACCCGCAGCGCUUCAACGCGGCCCUGUCCCUGCUGGGAAGCCAGGGCUUCACCCACGGCCGGCACUACUGGGAGAUUGAGGUGUACAGCAGCACCGUGUGGACGGUGGGGGUAGCGCGCGAGUCCGUGCCCCGGAAGGGGGUGAUUAAGGCUCUUCCGUCUAAUGGCUUCUGGACCAUCUCUCUGUCCUAUGGGGUGCAGUACAUGGCAGGCACCUCGCCGCCCACCGUACUGUCCCUGGAGGAGCCGCUGUCCCGGAUUGGGGUGUACUUGGACUUCAAGCGGGGGCUGGUGUCCUUCUACAAUGCCGAGAGCAUGGCGCACCUUUAUACCUUCCAUGAGACGUUCACUGAGACACUCUUCCCCUACUUCAACCUUGGCUUCCUGGACAAGGUUCAUGAGAACGAGCCCCUCAAGGUGUUCCUUCCUAAGGUGUGAUUUUAGAACUCCCCCCCCACCGCCAUUAAACAAGACCAGGACUGGCUAACUUCCACAUCAGCUGACCUCAAUAAUCAUGCCCAGCCCUUCACAGGAAAACAGCUACGGGGGGCAGGCUAUGCCUAAAAUAACUGAAACAUGUUCUCAAUUGCAAAAGCAGACCAUAUUCAUCCAUUUUCCAAACUGCUUACCCUACUGGGUCACGGGGGGUCCGGAGCCUAUCCCGGAAUCAAUGGGCAUGAGGCAGGAAACAACCCAGGAUGGGGGGCCAGCCCAUCGUAGGGCACACUCACAUACCAUUCACUCAGCAUGCAAACCUACGGGUAAUUUAGCAUCUCCAAUUAGCCUCAGCAAGUUUUUGGACUGUGGGUGGAAACCGGAGUACCCGGAGGAAACCCCACGACGACAUGGGUAGAACAUGCAAACUCCACACACAUGUAACCCAGGCGGAGACUCGAACCCGGGUCCCAGAGGUGUGAGGCAACAGUGCUAACCACUGCACCACCAUGCCGCCCCCUGACCAUAUUCAGUAUAUGUAAAAUACAACAUAAUAUAAGCUCUAUAUGCAAAACAUAAGCAUCACUAUCAGUUAAAAUGUUAAAGUAUUUAAAAUAAGACAACUACAUAUUAUUAUUAAUGUAUUGAAAUAUAGAACUGUACAUUAUAACUGCAGUAAGUCUUAUACUUAUUACGUAAUUCCAUAAUAAAACCUUGCCAUAUACAGUGA